AUGGCGUGGUGGUUGAGCGUCACUGUAGAGUUGUGGCAACAGGCGGAGGGCGAGCCCGUGAGACUGAGCGGUCGAGCGAGGGCGUUCACAGUGCAAUCCCGACAAAGAGGACACAAAGCGGGCGGCGGUUUGACGUUAAAGCGAGAUGGCACUCUGGGGCAGGAUAUCCGAGCUAAGAGGCCAAAGAAGGCUGGGCCUGGCCAGGUCCCAGGUCCUGUUCAGGAACUAAAAGUUCGCUUCUGUAAAAAGCGGCGCGGCUCGUUGGAGAGGCGGUAA